AUGCAUGAACUAAACGACGACGGCAAAGAAGUUGUCAGUGCGGUGCCUACCCAGCCUAAGACUUGCCGUACGACAUCAAAGAUCAAAAUCGAAGGCAGUGGUCAUAAAUCCAAUAUCAGCACCAAGAGCCCAUCUACUCGAAGCGAACUAGGUGAAUCCUCCUACUCGCCUUCGAGGGCCGAUACGAAAUACUCUGCCGAGGACUCCGAGGUGACCCAUCCUACGAACAGCUCGGGAUCGGUGCCCCCUCCUUGCCUCUCGCAGAUUUUUCCGAACCUUCACCAAGCUAUAAGGGCUGAAUCAGCGGAAUCCCUGAGUCGAUAUGAGGGCAUCGCGGCCGAAGUCCUCGACGAGCUCGUAAAGAAGUUGAAUCGGGUAAAGGACAGUUCUACUCAUCUAGAAGCUGUCAAGAACCUCACUGGACGGGCGCAGGAUUCAAAGAUCAUACUCGGCGUCGUUGGUCCCACCGGUCAUGGGAAGAGCUCGCUCAUCAAUGCACUUCUCAACGAAACAAGGCUUCUUCCCACCAGCUGCCUCAAGGCAUGUACAUCGGUAGUUACCGAAAUCUCGUGGAAUCGCUCUGAUGAUCCGGAGCGACGCUACAUUGGGGAGAUAGAAUUUAUUUCAACCGAUGAAUGGCGUUCGGAGUUAGAUCAUAUUUUACAUGAUCUCGCGACUUCCAACGAUCAGACCCCGGGACACGUCAAUGACAAGUCGGAUGCCGGGAUAGCGUGGGCCAAGAUUAAGGCAGUAUACCCUUGGAUGACCAUGAGUAGGCUGACCGAAAUAGAUGCUAGAACUCUGGUAUGCGACGUCUCUGUCCGCGGGUAUCUUGGAUCCGUCAAGAGAAUACACAGCGCGGAAGCUACAUCCUUCCAUAAAAAUAUUGCAAUCUACAUAGACGGUCUGCAAAACGCAAGUGAAUCCGCUAAAAAAGUGAGCAGAGGCACCGUCGAGGGGCAAUGCGGAAUAGAGCUAUGGCCGCUGGUGAAGGUAGCUCGAAUCUUCACUAGAGCCGAUAUCUUAUCUGCCGGCACAACGAUCGUUGAUUUACCUGGAGUCGAAGAUUCCAAUGCUGCCCGUGCCGCCAUUGCUGCCAAAUACAUCGAGAAAUGUAACGGCAUAUGGGUCGUUUCUGCCAUCAACCGCGCCCUCAACGACAGGGCCGCCCAAAAGCUGCUCGACCACUCAUUCAAACAGCAGCUCAACUACGACGGCACUUAUUCUGCAGUGACGUUCAUCUGCUCAAAGACAGACGAUAUCGCCCUAACUGAGGUGGCUGAAUUCCUGGGGCUGACCCGCGAACUUGAUGCCCUCUCUUGCAAGGAAGCAAAUUUACAAGAUUGGAAAGAGAGAGAAGAGAAGCAGCUUGAAGGCGAUCAGCAACAGCUAGAAUUCUUGUCGGAAUACCUUAGAGGACUCGAUAAGCAGCUUUGCCAGUGGGAGACUCUAGAAAGUCGUCAUAGAAAAGGGGAGACUAUUAUGACAUCUCACAUCCCCUCGAAGCGCAGUGGCCCAGGUGAACAUUCGGGAGCCAGGAAGAGGCUUAGGACUAACGAUUCUUAUGCCACAGUAAAUCAAGCGUGGGACGAUUUAGAGAACAAUAUACCCAAGUUUCCUGAGCAUACGCCGUUGGAUGAAGGGGACAUCCGAUUGGCAAUUGAGUGCCUAAGGACGAAUAAAGUCACAGCAGUCGAAAAGAUGGAAAAACUUGACGACCGAAUUGAGAAGAGUGCAGAGACUGGAGAGAGAUUGAGAGACGAUCAUGCGAAGCAACAGUUGGAUUUGCUAGCCUUAUGCAUUCGUAAGCGCAACGAGUAUACUUGCGAAAUUGCACGCAAGGACUUCUCUAGAGGACUAAAAGAGCUCGACGAUGACAUGUCUAGUCAUGACAUGUCCAAUCAUGACAUGGUUGCUCGGGAUUACGACAAGAUCGCACGCUCGUUGCCAGUCUUCUGUGUUAGCAGUAAGGCCUACCAGGGGCUUUGCGGUCGACUAGGAAAAAAGCUGAGUGUGGUCGAAGGUUUCUCUGACUUGCAUGCUACCGAAAUACCGCAGUUGAUAGGCCACGCCCAGAAGUUUGCCGAGCAGGCCCGAUCAUACAGCAGCAGGUCAUUCCUGAAUAGCUUCCUGCAAGAGGAGGAACGGGCUGAGAUGGCCCGCAUGAAGGAUGGUUUUAUCACCUUGGAUCAAGAUCUACAAAGGUUGCUCGAAUCUUUCAUCAAGAAGUGUGAGAACAUAUUAAACCAGAAGCUUCUGUCCCGCCUCAAGAAGUCGGUCGAGAAAGCGGUUACGAAAGCACCUAGGAUUGUCGACGGUUGGCCACGACGUCACAGGAAUGACGGGGGUUUGCCUUAUGCAACAUACAAGGCGACUUGCAAGCGACACGGCGUAUUUUCCGGGACACUGGGUAAGCGAGAUUUCAAUGCCGACCUGGUGCGGCCGCUCAUGAGCCACCUUGCCAAGGGUUGGGUGGGAACAUUCCAGCAAAGUAUCCCCGACGCCAUAGACGAUUUCACACGCGCCUCUGAGGAACUAGUCCGGGACUUCCACAGGAGUGUCAAAGGUCGCAUACAGAAGAAAGUGAGCUUCGCAGCCGUUAAUAUGCUCCGUGAACAACUCGGUACUCGCAUUAUUAGCAUAAGAAAUAUUGUUAACUCAUUCAGCGAUAAUAUCACCACUUCACAGCGUAUGGCAAAUCGAAAAUUCCACUCAACAAUCAUGAAGGAAAUGGAAAGGACAUAUACGGCCUGCGCAAAAAUGAGUGGCAAGGGAUGCUUCGUGCGUAUUCAGGAUUGCAUGCUCGAUGAUAUCGAAAACAACCGAGAAGCAAUAUUCAAAAGCGCGACACGCCCCGUAAAAGACGACCUGGUGAGUGUAUGUUCGACCCUCCAGGGAGACCUUGAAUCCAAGAUUGCUGGGAUGCUGGAUGGUAUGAGCCAAGAUUACAUGAAUACAAUCGGCGGGCAGAAAGCCACCGGGCCGUCGAGGAAAGUGCGAAAUAUAAUACUUGAAUUCCUGAAAGAGGCUGACGAGCUCUUCCGGUACAACCGCGACGAGCUCUUCCGGUACAACCGCGACGAGCAUCUCGACGAGCACUCCAAUUUCGCCUCGGCAAAUGACGCCGAGCCCUCUUUCGCUCGAGAAGGUGCCCACACCUAUGAGCGGAACUCGUCAGACUCGGGGGCUGCAGAUCUACCAGAAAAAAAGGAUUCGCCCAGCGACCAGUUAGCUCGAUCACCGCCUCAAGCCGAUGACAAUCGAGAAUCUAUUAGACUAGGGCAUAGGGGAGAAGAGGGUGAGGAAAGUGAAGGCCAAGAGCAAGAGGAAGACGACAGAUUUGGCAUGCCUUCCGGAGUUCGCGAAUCUCUCAAACUGACCUGGACUUGGCCUAGUUUAGACAAGUGUUAGAUCUCGGGGAUAAUGAGGACGCAUCACGGUCCUUGGGAAGAGCUCGCAUACGCAGGUAUGGGUCCAGAUCCCAUGCUAUUGCAUGCGUGGGAAUAAUGGGUUGCUUUUCUGGAGGCCGAUUUGCAUUGCGUUGAUUUGAUAAGUACCGACAUAGGCGUCUCAGCGGAUAGGCAGAUACCCAUCCCACUUAGGCAUUUUAAAAUAAUGAGCAGUAAACAAUGAAUGUAUCGUCCCGUUAUCCCGUCAGCACUACGGAGGAGUUACCGAGGAGAAAUUCGUUCGGGAAGUAGAGACGUAAUCGAGGUAGGCGAGGAAUACACGUACCGGAAGAUGAGACGGAUGAGCUCCCAUCUACCUACCACACACCGGUCGAGAACUGCAUCUUAGAUACCUCCUCUCCCUACGUAUGCGUACCUAUGUGAAUG